AUAAGACAGCCGUGACUACUCCAAGAACAAUCACAAUCGUCCACCGCACGAUAGAUCAUACCAUAAUUCAUCAUGUCUCAUUCUCUCUAUACCGACGAGACCCCAGCGGACGUCAAGAACGCCAAAGGCCUCCAUCUCAUCACACAAAACACGCCCAAUGGUCAAGCGGUCCAGAUCUUUCUCGAGGAGUUGAAAGAUGCGUAUGGCACCGAGUGGACCACAUCCGUCAUUGAUAUCUCUACCAAUGAGCAAAAGAAAGAUUGGUUCUUGCGUCUAGAUCCGAAUGGUCGAAUUCCAGUCUUGGUAGACAACUCCCAGUCCCCACCCUUCACCGUCCACGAGACAUCGGCCGAACUCUUUUACCUCCUCAAGUUCGCCGACAAACAAGACAAGUUUGGCUUUGCCGACGAUCUUGAGCGCAAUCAAGCUUUGCAGUGGACUUUCUUCUGGCAUGGCUCUGGCGCUCCAUACCAAGGCCAAGUCAACCACUUCACUCGUGCGGCGCCAGAAAAGAUCCCCUACGCAAUUACGCGUUUCCGCAACGAGACUCUGCGCGUCUUUGGCGUGCUGGAGAUCCACCUGAGUGGCAAAUACACCGGAGAGCCACGGGAGUAUCUGGCAGGUAAUGGAAAGGGGAAAUAUAGUAUCGCUGAUGUGAAGACUUGGCCAUGGGUCAAGAACUGGGAGAAAAGUGGCUUUACCAAGGAGGAAGUGCAAGGUUUCCCACAUCUUCUGAAGUGGAUUGAUCGUAUUGCGGCGAGGCCUGCUGUGCAGAGGGGUAUUGGAGGGGCGUAUAAUAAGAAGUAAGACUCCUUUCGUUGCGUGAGUUUGCCAACGGAAUCCAGGCACAGACGAACCAAUGCGAUGUGUAGGGCGAAGCUAUAGAUUAAGUCGGCGACGACCUUACCUACAUAGCUCUAGUCCCAGAAUUCCGCAUAGGGCAACACAGUCCCAAGCGUGAAGCUGGAAAUGACACCUGCCAUUGAGUGGAACGCAGUCAUAUACAUGUGUGAUCCUCUUCUUGGUGGAUGUAUACCUGUAUUCCAAUCCCGGCGUCCUUCAGUGACAUGACAUAGGCUGCUUUGCGCUGUUGUAGUUACGAAUGUCAGGAGCCUUUUGAUGGUGACAAGUAUGGCGGACCUGCCACUGAGCCGGGACGUGCUUGGGAAGUCGGUGAUUGAACAGUGUGCGAAGAUUUGCUUCGGAUCAGAGGUGUAGCGCGGCUCCGCGACAUGAAUGACCCUACCUCGCUACGUGGUUCACACUUACAGCCAACAAGCACGCUCGUGAAUGAAUUCUGGGGCAAAGUCUCCAGGCUGCAUCAUAAAUCCGGAUCGAUAUGCAUUUUGAACUUCUUAUUCGCCCUAUCAGGUGCCCGGUACUCGAAUUGAUGUCCAUGGAGCUCGAAGACGAGUGGCUUCCUCUUCUCUUCUCCACCUUCUUCCUCCUCCUCCUUCUCCUCCAACGGCACUUCAAACCUGAAGAUAGUCUGCUCCUUGGGCACAAUCUUCAACUCAUUCCCUUUCGUGAUAAUUUCCAGUGUAUGUUUCGUGUCCUUGACCACAAUCCCGCGCAGGCUUACUCUGCUUGGACAUCUGCUCCUUACAACCUCCACGAGAGCACCAUGGUAGUCGGCGGUCACCAGCAUGGGACCCGCGCCACUCGCAUCGACGUAUGUUUUGCCUGCUUUCAAGCCAAGGAUCUCUCGCAUGUAGUCGCACCACAUACGAUGCAGCGGCUCAUAGAUGGCGUACUUGCGCUGGUCCUUGGGGAUCUCGUAGACGCAUAAUGCGCGUUUUUGCUUUGCGGAGAGAGGCUUUGGCUUCUUCGACUUUCGUUGUAAUUUCUCUUUCUGGCGACGAUCGUAUUGACGCUUCGCGCGCGCGUUGAUGCUCGGAUCUGGUGAAGUGGGCCGCAGUAAAAGUGGAAUCUUUUUGACCUUUUCGUUGAAGAUUCUGCUGGCGGUUUCAGGCUCGUAUGCGCGCUGGAGCAGCUCUUCGGCGAUGUGUUCUGGGGGCUGUGCAGCCAUGGUCGGGAUAGAUAUGUG